GACCCCCCUCCGCAGCCGGCCCCGGCUGGCUUAAUCCUGUCUGACGGACUCCUCCAUUACACGCACGCAGGCGGCGGCAGCAGCAGCGCGGCUCACACACACACAGACAGACCACCCGGACCUCAGGCUCCAUUCCCCGCUGACGGAUUAGCUACGACGUCGCUGAGCCGAUUCCCGCCCGCGCCCCUCCCGGGCAUAUGGCAAGAGCCGCCUCUGUGAUUUCUCCCUUGGGCCCCCACACCACUCUUUAAAAAUUCCGCCAAAAAAGAGAAGACGAUUCCCCAAGUCCUUCGGGCCGUUAUCUCACGGCGGAUUUUCUUUCAAAGCGUACAACUACCCAGCGGGACUAGGAAAAGCGCUCUAUAGGGAGCCGUUCGACUUCAACGCGGAGCCACCUUGGCAGCCUAGCUGAUGAUAGGAGGUUCCAUCUCCUAACUUGUCCAUUUUGUUGCAUAUUUGUAGGGCCCAAAAAGACCCAUAAGACCCCUUAUUUGACGUUUCUUGGUUUAUGAUUGUCGGUUUUGCGGAAUACGGCUGAGAUGAAAGGAUUUAACGAAGAUGCGAAUUACUCCAUUGGCUUACUGGAUGAUACAUCGACUCCUAGAGAUGUCAUUAAUAAUUACAUCUACGAGCAUACACUGACUGGAAAACAUGCUUUCUUUGUGGCCGACCUUGGGAAAAUUGUCAAGAAACACAUUCAAUGGCAAAAUACCAUGGGACACAUAAAGCCAUUUUACACCGUGAAGUGUAACUCCUCUCCAGCUGUACUAGAGAUAUUAUCUGCUCUUGGUGUUGGAUUCAUAUGUGCCAAUAAAAAUGAAAUGACAAUGGUGUAUGACCUUGGCAUCUCUAUGGAAAACGUUAUAUACACCAAUCCCUGUAAGCAAGUUGCUCAAAUCAAACAUGCAGCCAAACUGGGAGUAAACAUUAUGACUUGUGACAAUGAAACCGAAUUGAAGAAAAUUGCUCGGAAUCAUCCUAAUGCCAAGCUCAUGCUGCACUUUGCCACGGAGGGUAUCAGAGGAGCUGGAGAGAUGAACAUGGUGUUUGGCAGCACGCUGAAGAACUGCAGGCACCUCCUGGACUUUGCUAAGGAGUGCAAUGUGGAAGUUAUUGGAUUAAAGUUCCAUGUGUCAAGCUCUUCCAGAGAUGCACAUGCAUAUACACACGCUCUGUCUGAUGCCCGCUGUGUGUACGAUAUGGCAGAAGAACUUGGCUUUAAGAUAAAAAUACUGGACAUUGGUGGAGGUUUUUCCGGGAAUGAAUUUCAGUUGGAAGAGCUGUAUCAUGCGGUCAGCCCUCUGCUGGAUGCAUACUUCCCCGAGGAAUAUGGAAUAAAAAUCAUUGCAGAGCCUGGAAGCUAUUAUGUUUCAUCUGCCUUUACCCUAUCAGUUAACAUCAUUGCAAAGAAAGUAGUUGAGCAAGAUCAGCAUCUUCCUGGAGGCAAGCAACCCAGUGAGAGUCCAGAUUUUAUUUAUUGCUUGAACGAUGGAGUCUAUGGUUCUUUUGCGAGCAAAUUGUCCGAGAGCUUAGAUACCGCCCCAACUGUACACAAGAAGUACAAGGAAGACGAGCCGCUAUUUGCCAGCAGCCUUUUGGGUCCAUCUUACGAUGAGCUGGACAUAAUUGUGGACCACUGUCUUCUGCCAGAGCUGAAUGUCGGAGACUGGAUUGUGUUUGAGAACAUGGGAUCUGGUGCUGUGACCGAGCAAUCUGUGUUUGCAGAUUUCGAAAGACCGUCCCUGUACAACUUCAUGUCAUUCAGUGACUGGUAUGAAAUUCAAGAUGUCGGGAUUACAUCGGAAACCUUGAUGAGGAGUCUCUGCGUGCCUUGUUUUCAGUUUGAAGCUUAAUCAUGUAACUACUUGGUUGAAAUCUACAGGUACAAGUUAUCAGCUUGCCUGGUCUACAUUCCAGACUGGAAGAUAUUGAUGUCGGGAUAACCUCAUUUCAAAACUUGAAGUUCAAUAACAUGAAAACGGGACCAGGCAGAAGCAGCUAAAAGUAAUACACUGGGGCGACAAUUAGACCUGCCUACAUUUUAAAUGUGCCAGCUUUCUCCAUCCCCUGCACAGUUUAAAUACAAUAUGCAACAAAAUGGAUGACUUAGUUGAGAUGGAAGCCAUGACCUGGGUUCCUUGUAAGUUUACAUAAGUACAUGGUUUUUAUACUAAGGAUUCCUGUUAGUCUUGUACAUUUGUCUCCACCAGUAUAACAUGUCUUUUAAAGACCCGUGUGAGUUAGAUAUGUUUUAGUGUGUGUAGAAUGUGUAAAUUUGUGCUUUGAACAAGUAGUUUAAUAAAUGUAAAUUGCAUCGUAUUUUUAUUUUUCUGUUUAAUUUUUUUUUUUUUUUUUUAAACUGACGUUAACAUAUGAUCGCAAUAAACUUUUGUGUAGAAA